UUAUUUUCAGAAAAUUAAAAAGGACAAAACCCUAAACCCUGCCGGAACCAUUUCCACCAAAAAAAAAUGAGAGGUCUCAAUGGAGCUAUAUCCGUCGCAAAGGCGCUAAAAGGCAACUCCACCGCCGUAACCACUCUCCUCCGGCCGCCGCGAUCAGCUCUAUAUAUCACAACAUGCUGGACUUCUUCCAACCCUCGGAAUCUCGUUGAUCGCUCCGACCUAUCAACUGCCCUAGCUAUUCGAAGUAACGCCGUAGGGUUCAGGUAUUACGGUUCUGUUACUGCCACGUCUCUUGCGCAGCAAGAUCUCAAAGCAACAGGCUCAGAACAAAAUCGCUUCAAUCCCAAAGAAGUUGUUCUCUUUCAGUAUGAAGCUUGUCCCUUCUGCAACAAGGUUAAAGCUUUUCUAGAUUAUUAUGAUAUUAAGUACAAAGUGGUGGAAGUUAAUCCGAUGAACAAGAAAGAGAUUAAAUGGUCUGAUUACAAAAAGGUGCCUAUUGUCACUGUUGAUGGUGAACAAUUGGUUGAUUCUUCAGACAUAAUUGAUAAAUUGGUCAAAAGGAUACAUCCAGAUUAUGACCUAAAUGCUGAUGAAGAGAAGAAGUGGCGUGGGUGGGUGGAUAAUCACUUGGUGCAUGUUUUGUCGCCAAACAUAUAUCGAACUGUUUCGGAAGCUCUUGAAUCAUUUGAUUAUAUCACCACUAAAGGCAAUUUCAGUUUAUAUGAGAGGUUAGUGGCAAAGUAUGGUGGGGCUGCUGCUAUGUAUUUUGUGUCGAAGAAAUUGAAGAAGAAACACAAUAUCACCGAUGAGCGUGAAGCGUUGUAUGGAGCUGCUGAACAAUGGGUUGAUGCUUUAAAGGGCCGAAAGUUUCUUGGUGAUUUGGAACCUAAUUUAGCAGAUCUUGCAGUCUUCGGUGUUCUAAGACCCAUCCGCCACCUCAAGUCCGGUCGAGAUAUGGUAGAGCACACAAGGAUUGGAAAAUGGUUUUCUGAGAUGGAGCAUGCAGUAAAACAGGCUUCCUGAAUGAGUGAGUAUACAUAGAUAGAAUAUUUCUAAGUGAGUUUCAACUUAUAGACAAGGAAAUAUGAGGAAACUUUAAUUGAAAUAAUUUGCUUCCACCAUGUUUGGUAAGUCUUUGUAAGCAAAACAAGUUUUGUUCUAUUAUUUAUCUUGUGGUUGUAUUGGGGAUGUGUAAAACCCACGUAUGUAUAAUCAUACUUAGGUAUAUAUUCAAUAAAAAGUCUUUCCACUAUA